CAUCCAUUUUUGUGCGCGGCGCCGUUCCGUCCGUACGCUCUGGUCCCCACAGCAGCGCACACAUAGCGGGACGAGUAGGGACGGUGGCAGCGGAACACAUCUGCAUCUAAAUCCGCUGGUUUAUCGCUGUCAUGACAUGUGGAUAAUCACGAUGUGAGUGGAACUCUUAAAGUAUCGGAGCUGAAUACCGGAUUGCCUUGCAUUAACCAGAGAUAACCUUUGGAACCAUGAACCCUCAGUUCUCUAGGUGACACACCGACAAUCGGAUAAAAUGUAUCGGGCUGGAGGAUACGCGGUGAUGAUGCUCCUCGUCCACACCACCGGGGCCCUGUGGACGGAUUUGGACGGGAACCACACGGAAAACGCCACCGUGCCAGAUGGCGGAUUUGUCCCCGUGUUGUUCACCAAAGUACACCAGAUUAUCGCCCGCGAGGGGAACUGCGCGCUGAUUGAUUGCAAUGUUACCGGAGACCCGUACCCGGACGUGCUGUGGUUCAACUCGCACGGAGAACGCCUUGACACCAACAGCAUCGAAAGCAAGUUCUGGCUGCUGGACAGCGGCGUCCUCAACAUCACCUCCAUCGACUUCGCCGACCGCGGCAAGUACACGUGCAUGGCGUCGAACUCCCACGGGCACGCCAACUGCACGGUGACGCUGCGCGUGGUCAUCACCCGCGGCGACAUGGGCGUGUACUACAUGGUGGUGUGCCUGGUGACCUUCACCAUCAUCAUGGCGCUGAACAUCACGCGCCUCUGCAUGAUGAGCAGCCAUCUGAAGAAGACGGAGAAGGCCAUCAACGAGUUCUUCCGCACGGAGGGCGCUGAGAAGCUGCAGAAGGCCUUCGAGAUCGCCAAGCGCAUCCCCAUCAUCACGUCGGCCAAGACGCUGGAGCUGGCCAAGGUGACGCAGUUCAAGACCAUGGAGUUUGCCCGCUACAUCGAGGAGCUGGCCAGGAGCAUCCCGCUGCCGCCGCUCAUCAUGAACUGCCGCACGUUCAUGGAGGAGAUCCUGGAGGUGGUGGGCGUGGAUGAGAUGCGCCACACCUUCCUGCGCCAGGGCCCCGGCGGCCCCCACCACCACCUGGGCGCCAUCGGCGGCGCCGGGCUGGCGUCGAUCUGCGCCGGCGACGUCUUCUCCAUCCUGCAGGAGCGGGAGCAGGCGGAGCGGGAGAACGAGCGGGGGAGGAGCGCGUCCCCCGCGGGCGAGUCGGACAACUCGUCCAUCCACGACCAGCCGCAGCACAUCGCCAUCCAGGUGUCGGUGCACCCCCCGCUGGCCGCCGGCGGGUACUGCAGCAUGGAGAGCGAGGCAGGGCCCUCGUGUUCCUCGCCGCCGCCGUCGUUGUCGGACGCCCCGCGGGACGAGGAGCAGGAGGAGUCGGAGGAGACGGAGGAGUCGGAGGCGACGGAGGAGACGGAGGAGACGGAGGAGUCGGAGGUGACGGAGGAGACGGAGGAGUCGGAGGUGACGGAGGAGACGGAGGAGUCGCAGGAGACGGAGGAGACGGAGGAUACGGGAGAGUCGGAGGAGCCGGAAGAAGCGGGAGAAACCGCCGAAGUAAGAGACCCCGAGGAAGGCAGAGGGAGACGAGAGGAGGAGGAGGAGGAGGUGGUGGAGAUGGAGGAAGAGGAGGAGGAGGAGGAGAAGAAGGAGGAAGAGGAGAAGAUCUCUGUUCCGGCGGCGGCGGAGCCGGAGCAGAAGGAGGUCCGAAGUGCUGCCCCGGCCUGCCAGGUGAUCUACGAGAGCCACGUUUAAAAACCGGUCGCCACGCAAACCCGGAGCCAAUCUGCAAGCAACAAUCAAACAAGCAAUCAAACAGACCCGGGCGGUGGAGCAGGGGCGUCACGCUAUCCGGCUAUGCAUUUCCACGAUAUCAAUAAAGGAAACUAAACUAAAGAGGAUGAGGAAGAUGCUACGGGAUACACAUCACGCUAAGUGACUCUAGUUACGGCCUCUCUUUUAAGAUACUUUAUUCUUUAGAGGGCCGAUAUCGUCCUUUGACCCUUGUUUGUUUGACCUUUUAUGUUUUGAAUGUAAAGUGGAGGGGGAGGAGGGGAGUGUUAUGACACCAAUGUAAAGUACAAGUGAAGGGUCAUAGUGUCUGUCUGUCCUUGUGGUCAUCGCGGACUACUGUUGUUUUCCAACAAGGAUGAUGUCUUUCAGUUUCACUUUGGCUCUAGACUUUUAUACGAGAAUGCCUUGAAAGCCUCUCGGGGGUCAAAGGCUGUCUAUGUUUUGUUUUUCCCCGAUGAUGACGAGUUGUUGAAGAAAUUGUAUUUAACUGCUGUUACAGAAAACCCACUGUUGCUGUACAAUGUACAACGUGUUGCUCAAUGCUUAAAAAAAGAAGAAAAAGAAUGCAUGCGCUGGAAUUAACUACAUCCUGAAUUUAGAGCUUAGGAUGCGCAGGGUACGAUGGUUAAAAGGCCAACCUGCGCAAAUAGUAAAACACAACAGCAGAUUAUUCGACAUAAUUUCUUACUUGGUCACUCGAAAUUCAUACCUUCCUACUUAACCGUGGUUGCCCUUAUGAUUAUUAUUAUUAUUAUUAACAACUAUUUACAAAGUGUCUUACAGUUGUGUUACGAUGAAAUGGAGAAACAAUGAUAGCGGCAUUUUGAAUUUAAUCAUCAGUGUUUUAAAUUGUGUUGAUUUAUAUUCCAUUGUAGACCAUUGAUUUCCUCUGCGCCCCUCUAGAAACGUAUGUCAGCUCCCUGUCUUACUUUUCUCUUAGGACCGACCAGAGCCUGAACCCGCUUUCCCAGGAUGCUUUGCAGUCAUACAGUUAGUUCUGCAUGUGAUUACAGCCUGAGACCCUUAUUUAAGGUUAUACUGAUGGGUCGCCAAAAGGCCUUUUUUUGUUAUUUUUCUUUGCUCUGAUUGGCUCUUAGAGGGCCAAAGCUACAAUGUGGUUCUGCUUUAAAUGGUGAUCUAAUCUUGCCAUUUGCCAUCCUUUUGUAGUGUAAUAAAAAACGACUGCUGUGUGA